UCUGGACCGACAUGGCCGUGCUGUAACGAUGGGCGGGCGGCUGCAUGACGCUCCGCACCAAGGUCAACCUCAUGAAGCUGAGCAAGCCGGAGAAGGAGCAGGCGGCCGAGACCAGCGGCGACAAGGACAAGAGCAGCGCGGACAAGGACGGGGAGAAGGAGCCGCUGCCGUCGCCGUCCUCUCACGCCGACGGCAAGGCGGAGAGCUGCGCCGUGUACCAGUGCGACCGCAACGACGACCUGGCGAGCAUGGACUCGUCCAGCGACGAGGAGGACGUGGACACCUCGGGUGGCUCGGACGGGGGCAGCCCGCCCUCGCCCGCCUCGCCCUCCCAGCCGUCCUCCAAGGUCGGCAAGCGGUUCAUGCAGGUGGUCGACAAGGUGACCACCUCGCGCUACUUCCAGCAGGCGGCGCAGAACCGAUACGUCAAGCGCUACAUGGAGGAGUUCUCCAACACGCCGCUGGAGCUGACGGUGACGCUCAAGCACCUGCAGGGCGUGCUCACACUUAACGUGCCCCGGCCGCCCAACGACCGACUCUGGUACGGCUUCCGCGGCAAGCCAGACAUCAUCCUGGCCGCCCACCCGCGGCUGGGCACGCACGACGUGACCCUGACUCAGGUCACCGACUGGAUCGAAAACAAGCUGAUCGGCGAAGUGCACAAGCUGAUGGUGCUGCCGAACAUGGACGACAUGAUCAUCCCGCUGCUGGCCGGAGAGACGCUGGACGACUAGGGAGCUGGCCGGGCGUCGGGCCGGCGGCUCCGCGCGGCUGCUCUGGUGGGCGCGGCGGCACAGCUGCGGCGGGGCGCCCCGCUGUGGGCUCCCAGCGAUAGUGUCGGGCUGUCACAGCUACAGCAGCUGUGGCGGUCGACACUGUGCGCUAGUGUUCGGCUGUGGGUCCCAGCUAUGCCCCAGAGUUCGGCUGUGGGUCCCAGCUAUGCCCCAGAGUUCGGCCGUGGGUCCCAGCUGUGUCCCCAAGUGUUCGGCUGUGGGUCCCAGCUAUGCCCCUGUAUUCGACUGUGGGUCCCAGCUGUGCGUUAGCGUUCGGCUGUGGGGCCCAGCUUUGCGCCUGUGUUCGCGUGUGUGUCU